GAUCAGCAUUUAGAUUGCAGAGCGAUUGAUGUGCGUCCAACUUGUCCAACACACGGAGAGUAUCGUCAGUACAUCGAACACACCAGGAAUAUUCGUACUUGGACUGUUUUUAUUGUUCUUGCUGUUUUCCUCUUCAGUACAAUGUUGGUCGACUUGGUGGAGCUUUCCCAAAUCAACAUACGGCACUGCUUGAGUGCCCUCUGUGGCCCUUUACUGGGCAGUCUCUACUUUGCCUUUUACUGGGCUCGUGUCACCCCUUCUGCGGUUAUUGCUGGUUUCAUUGUUGGUGCUCUGUUUGGCGUGGGCACGGUUGUUGCACCCUACGUUGGUAAGUCGACACUUGGCCAUUCCCCGCAAAGGAAAUCCUAA